AAUACGGCGAUACUUGUUUACGUAAUAACCACAAGUAACCGCCAAAACAAAUCAUCGAUCCACACAAGGAACCAGCGAAUUGAAUGGCAUCCACGUUUUCCAGACGAGAUGGAUGACAAUGGUGCAUGCAUGGCGAAUGUAUGGCAAACGUAUUGGUGCAAACUUCAAACGGAUUACGUACAACGGUACAAGCUGUACGACUAUACUUUACCGUGGUUUUCGUCUGACUUUUAUGGCAAAAAGAUAGAAAUGGCAGAUCAACUCCAGCGUUCCCGCUCUGUGUACAUUGGUAAUUUGCCCUGGGAUAUUAAGGAGGAUGAUCUGAAAGAAGUGUUUGCUCGAGUUGGCACCAUCGUGAGUCUGCGCAUGCCCAACGAUCCGGAAAGUGGCAAAUCCAGAGGUUUUGCAUUCUGUGAAUACCGCGAUCAGGAAUCUGUUAAUGUGGCUAUUAAACACUUCAAUGGAUACGAACUUUUGGGACGAAAGAUUCGCGUGGACAGCGCCGCUAACAAUCAAGAUAAGGAUGCCAAGAUUGUAGGACCCCCACCAGUGGACAAUCAAUUUGGGGAAGCCUGUGAUCCCGUAGAGGCUCCGGAAAGAAUUGCCAGCAUUGUGGGAAAGAUGUCUCCUCAGCAGAUUCAGGCUUUGGUCAGCGACACGAGACGCUCUCUGCAAACGGAUCCUGAAGAAGCUCGUGUCGCUUUAGUCAAUAAUCCACAACUGGUGUAUGCCAUUCUGUUAGCCCUUGUUCGAGGUCGAUAUGUCACGAAGGAACGCGGAACCGAAGCAUUGACAAAACAAGAACCUCCUUUAUUGCCUUUGUUCCCGGAAGCUCGACCGGCAGCUGUUCCGUCGCUAGUCAGUCCCAUUCCUAGUUUGACUUCCGGACCCAGUCUCCUGGGUCCAUCUCCCGGUGUUCCCAUGCCCGGUACAAUCCCUCCAAUGAUGGGUUCCGGAAGCAUGGCUCCUGCAUUUGGCAACCCGCCGCUGGGACCACCGCAGCCAUUCCAUCCGGGUUUGGCCGUGCCGCCUCCUCAGAACUAUGGUCAUCCACCGAUGAAUAUGAAUAUGCCGCCUCCGCACAUGCAGCCUGAUCAUUUGCAUCAUGGUCAACGUGAACCGGGAUUCGAACGAGAGCGGCCGUCUGGACUGAGAGGCACUAUGCGGGAUCGCCCCAAUCGAGCCAGCCGGCCAGAUGGCGAACGGGAUGCUUUUCGGGACGGCGGUUCUGGUCGGCAUGGAAAUCGGGAAGGUGCAAACCGGGGGAGGGGAGCUCAGGGGCCUUAUCAGGAUAAUCGUGAUCGGCAACGCUUUCCACCCACGACUGGCAACGGCAGUGCGAAACAGUCUCCUCGAACUCCAAAUUCUCCAGCGCAGCAGUCACCUUCGACAUCCAAGGAAGAGCAGGAAAAGGCCGAAUUGAUUAUGCAAGUAUUGCGCCUGCGGGAAGAUGAUAUUGCCAAAAUGGCGCCAGAACAACAGAAAACCGUCCGCAUGUUGCGAGAUCAGUUCAAAAAUAUUUCUAAAUGAUUUACAGAAACAGUGCUUUUUCUUAGAAAUUUAGUUUUUAGGCUUCACUUAGUAUACGUACGCGUUAAAGAAACCUUUAUAUUUUGUGUAAUGGAACGAAUACGGAUAACGAAUGCUGGUUGCUCAUGUGAACUUGAGAUUUGAAAACAAUAAAAGAAUAUUCUGCUGA